AUGGCCGGCGCCCAGCAGCCAUGGAACCCGUUCGACGCAGCAAUAGAUAGAAUCAACUUCCCGGAUAUAGAGCUUGCGCUCAGCCCCGGUUGCGGCGAUGUGCCAGCGUUUGAUAUCGACGCUCGAGCGCAGAAUGCAGCGACAGGGGCAGACGAAUCCCGCCCGCCAGCCCUGGGCAACCUGCCUGGUGGCGUGCCGCUGCAGCUCGAGGCCGAAUGCCAGGCCUGGUUUGAUGGGCAGCGGAGCGCCAAGGCGUCAAGG